UCCAAAGUUGUGGAGGAAAGGAAAGUAAAAAACCGAACGGAAACAAAUCAUCAGCGUUCGUACUUAUUCUGACGGUCCCCUUCAUUCUCUCUCAAUUCUCAAACCGAACCGAUUUCUCAAAUCCGAUCCCUAGUUUCUUCUCCAAAUCCUCUCAAACCAGAAAGCCUCGCAUUCGCAUUCGCAAUCGCAGCGCAUAUGGAUAAUCAGAAUCAGAAUGAUCGUAAUCCGGCGGUUCCGUGGUCCUCGAAAACGGCGAUUCUGGAUUCUCCGCUCAACGCCGUCGGAUUCGAGAUCCAGACCUUAUCUCCUCACAGAGUAGCCGGCCGCAUUCUGGUUUCCCCUAAGUGCUGCCAGCCGUUCAAGGUGCUGCACGGCGGCGUGUCGGCGAUGAUAGCGGAGGCGCUGGCGAGCAUCGGAGCUCAGAUGGCGUCGGGAUUCCAAAGAGUGGCGGGAUUCCAUCUGAGUAUAAACCACUUGCAGAGCGCGGAGAUCGGCGAUCUCGUUCUCGCCGAAGCUACCCCCAUCUCCCUCGGAAAUCCUAUUCAGGUGUGGGAGGUAGAAUUGUGGAAGGCCUCAAAAACUUCAAGCUUAGAGAGAAGUAGAAGAGAGGUUGUGUCGUCCUCAAAGGUUACUCUCCUAUGCAACUUGCCUGUCCCAAAACAUGCCCAACCCUUGGUUGACACUCUCAAGGCCUUCUCAAAGUUAUGAAUCUUACAAAUUAAAGAGUUCUUUUUCUUUCUUUCUUUUAACUAUAGAACUUGAUUACCACUCGACUCAUAGAGUAAUGAGUUAUUGUUUCAAAUCCUUAGUCCUGUUUUUUGUUUUUAGUUUUUAUUAGAAAAUUCGGAUGGAAAACGUAUUCUUACUAACUCCUCUUCCUCGUCAAACGAUUGAACAAUAUUAUAGAUAUAUUUUGUUUGUUGCUUUCAA